UCUCGAGUGACCGCGGGCGCAGCCUCGGGGGCCCCAGCAACGGCAGCAACGGCCGAGGCAGGCGGGGUCAAGAUGGUGGCUCCGCUGGCGGGGGAGGCUCUGAAGGGAGGAGGAGCCAGACCCUAGCCGGCCGGAAACACCGACGCCCCGAGGCCUCCCGGGAGCCGCUGCUGCCGCCGCCCCCCCCCCCAUCCCCCAGCUCCAUCGAGGGACGCGAGCGAGCGAUCGAGCCGGCGGCGGGACGGGCCGGGACCCAGGACAGGAGGCGGGCGGGGGCGGAGCCACUCUCCUCUGCGCCCGCCCCGGCCGCGGCCCCGGGCCUCCCCCGCGCCGCCCUGCCCGGCCCGCCCAGCCCCGGUGUGGCAGCGGCUCAUGGCGGCGGUGGGGCCCCCGCAGCAGCAGGUGCGGAUGGCCCAGCAGCAGGUCUGGGCGGCGCUCGAAGUGGCGCUCCGGGUGCCCUGCCUCUACAUCAUCGACGCCAUCUUCAACUCCUACUACGAUUCCAGCCAAAGCCGGUUGUGCAUCGGGCUCCAGAUCUUUCUCCGGCUCCUUGGUAUAAUUGUGUCCAGCACUGUUCUGAUCUUGUCACAGCGAUCGCUCUUCAAGUUUUACAUGUACAGCUCAGCCUUUCUCCUAGCUGCAACUUCAGUGUUAGUGAAUUACUAUGCUGCUUUGCACAUUGACUUCUAUGGUGCCUACAACACAUCAGCUUUUGGCAUCGAGCUGCUUCCCCGGAAAGGGCCAUCACUGUGGAUGGCGCUCAUCGUUCUGCAGCUGACCUUUGGAAUUGGAUAUGUCACUCUACUCCAGAUUCAGCCCAUCUAUUCACAGUUAAUUAUUUUGAAUAUGUUGGUUCCUGUAAUCGGCUUAAUCACAGAGCUACCAUUACACAUCAGAGAGACUUUAGUUUUCACCUCUUCUUUGAUUCUCAUAGUAAAUACAGUGCUUGUCUUGGCAGUGAAACUCAAGUGGUUUUAUUAUUCCACACGGUAUGUUUACCUGUUAGUGAGGCAUAUGUACCGAAUUUAUGGAUUACAGUUGUUGAUGGAGGACACGUGGAAGAGGAUUCGUUUCCCAGAUGUACUCCGGGUCUUCUGGCUAACAAGAAUUACAGCUCAGGCUACAGUAUUAAUGUACAUUUUAAGGAUGGCAAAUGAAACUGAGUCCUUCUUUAUUUCUUGGGAUGAUUUCUGGGACCUCAUUUGCAAUCUAAUAAUUAGUGGGUGCGAUUCUACACUAACUGUACUAGGCAUGAGUGCUGUAAUUUCUUCAAUAGCCCAUUAUUUGGGCCUUGGAAUCUUGGCCUUUAUUGGAUCAACUGAAGAAGACGACAGGCGGCUUGGCUUCGUAGCACCUGUUCUGUUUUUCAUUUUGGCUCUUCAGACUGGUUUAAGUGGGCUGAGACCUGAAGAGAGACUUAUUCGCUUGAGUAGAAACAUGUGCCUUUUAUUAACUGCAGUCCUGCAUUUCAUCCAUGGAAUGACAGACCCCGUAUUAAUGUCUCUCAGUGCCUCCCACGUAUCAUCAUUCCAUAGACACUUUCCUGUGCUGUUUGUCUCUGCUUGCCUGUUUAUUCUUCCUGUUUUACUCAGUUAUGUCCUCUGGCAUCACUAUGCACUAAACACAUGGCUGUUUGCGGUCACAGCCUUCUGUGUGGAGCUCUGCUUGAAAGUGAUAGUCUCUCUCACCGUUUAUACGCUGUUCAUGAUUGAUGGCUACUAUAACGUCCUCUGGGAAAAGCUUGAUGAUUAUGUCUACUUUGUUCGCUCAACAGGCAAUAUUAUCGAAUUUAUAUUUGGAGUGGUAAUGUUUGGGAAUGGGGCCUAUACCAUGAUGUUUGAGUCAGGAAGUAAAAUUCGGGCUUGUAUGAUGUGCCUACACGCAUAUUUUAACAUCUACUUACAAGUAAAAAAUGGUUGGAAGACAUUCAUGAAUCGUAGAACUGCUGUUAAGAAAAUCAAUUCACUUCCUGAAAUAAAAGGGAGCCACUUGCAAGAAAUCGAUGAUGUAUGUGCAAUCUGCUAUCAUGAGUUUACAACAUCCGCUCGUAUCACACCAUGUAAUCAUUACUUCCAUGCACUGUGCCUUCGAAAAUGGCUGUACAUUCAAGAUACUUGUCCAAUGUGCCAUCAAAAAGUGUACAUCGAAGAUGAUAUCAAGGACAAUUCAAAUAUAUCUAACAACAAUGGAUUUAUUGCACCCAACGAAAAUCAGAAUCCAGAGGAAGCUUUAAGAGAAGAUGCUGCUGGAUCUGACCGGGAAUUAAACGAGGAUGACAGUACAGACUGUGACGAUGAUGUUCAGAGAGAAAGGAAUGGAGGGACUCAGCGUACAGGCGCAGCGGCAGCAGCAGAAUUUAAUGAUGACACUGAUUAAAGUAGCAUUUACUAAUCAUUGAGGUAUUUGUUUAAAAUUCAGUUCAUCCAAAAUGGAGUACUAUGCUUCACGUCAGUGUGUAACCAAGCACAAAAACAGUAUCGCUGUUGAAACUGUGAAUGAUUUUCCGUUUACUGUGAUGUGCUACUGUAAAUAUACCUCUUUAAUUACUUCUGGUCUCUUUGGUGACCUAUUUAAAUUUGUGUACAUUAUUGUACAUAGAAUAAAAUGUUUUCACGUUUCUAUGACAAAAUCUGAACAAAUAACUUCUUAAUAGAGAUGAUACAGUGCGUCAGCUGUGCCAAAGAGUCCUCCGUGAAGUUAGAACGUAUCUAAUGCUGGACCCUAGGUUUUCUUUAAAAUAAGGGGAAAAUGAAUAUGCAAAAUAAAGGAACUUUAGUAUAAAAUUAAAGAUGAGAUAAAAUAAUUUGGAUUAGAGAGGCUACUAAUUUUUCUUUUUUAAAUGAAGGAACAGUAACCUGCAAGAAGCAACUGAGAAACUUGAAAUCCGAGCUGUAAUAGAGCUGGGUUCAAAAGUCAUGAGUCAGGGACUGAAAAUUGAGAAAUAGGCUUGUUAUCAACUAAGCUUUGAUAUAAACCAGGAUGUGCGGUGCAAGUUUUAGGUAAAAACAUCACUGUCCUUUCAGACUUUUGGUGAAAUUACACAAUAAAAAGGUUACCGUGGUCAACCAGGACAUCAACAGCCUAGGCAGUGCUGCUCUGACUCUGUGGGUCAGAGUUAGGGUAUAACGUACAGUGUUACCGCUUUGGAGAGAUCGCCUUAGUGACACUUACAGUUUUACCAUGAAAUUCCACAUCAUAAAAAGAAAGCACGUACAAAUAAGUGUCAGGAAAAAAAUACUUUAAUGGUGUUGUUAUAUAGCGUGUUGGCUAAUUCCAGUGGAUCUUCUUCUCUUACUGCUGCCAUUAUCUCCAAUAUUUGGCUAAAACAAAACACAAAGAAUCAACUUUCUAAGAAUGUAUUGUUUUAAAUUAAAGGUGAUUAUGUAUAAUCACCUUCUCCUGUGUAAGAGAAGGUCUUGUACCCUUCCUAAGGAAGUUUAAGAGUUAUUAAAGUUGUCAGUAAUAUCAGAGGAAAACAUUACCAGUUGCUGGCAGUCAAAGUUCUGGAGCUAACAUACAUAUAAAGAAAACUAGAAACCAGGGUCAUGCAAGCGCAGAGCUAAGGUGCAGGGGGGGUGAGUCCUUUAAGACUGUAGGUCAGCACAUUUGUUACUGGAUAAUGAGCAUCUUAAAAAUGGAAUGUAUGUUGCACAUAAUACAGGUUAAGUCCCUUUCUACUUUGGGUUUCAUUUUAUUUAUAUUAUACACACACACACACACACACACAUUGAUGGUGUUGAGGAGAGCAGGGCCAAAAACUUGAAAGGCACUGCUUACUGAACUAGUCUUUGACAGACAGCAAGGGAUGGCUGUGUGCACAGUAAACACAUGACGGCAGGCACAGAAGGUGUGGGAGGGCUCUGGUCUUGUGCUCAGAGCAGAGAGAAGAGACUAGAGGCCUCUCUCUGUGUCUUUGCAGAAAAUGAUGAUCAACAGUGGUGGUUUCCAAGCAAUAUUAUCUGUAAGUAGUUUUUAAUCACGGAUUAAAAAGUUGUAGUCCAAAUUAAACAUUUAAAUAUUCCUUGUCAUGAGCUUUUUGUUCCCUUUAUGAGUACCCUAAUUGGACACCCAAAAUAAGUAGGAUAGGGAUUUAAGAUUAGCUGGAAUUUUAAAACCUGUUCUCAGUAUGACACAGAAGCCUUGCUUGACACAGACACCGACACUGACAAGGAACUCUGUGACAGUGAAGCAGUCAAAAUGCAGUUUUCCGCAGUGAGCUUGAGGUCGUUUAUGUGCGCAGAUACAUUGGUAAGGGUGCUGCUGCUGACAGAGAGGGCCCAGAGCACAGCUGCUCUGCUGAGACUACGCAGCAGAGUCACCCUGCUAUUCAGUCAUGUGCUACAGUCGCCAUGCUUAGGAAAGCAUUCUGUUUAGGAAGCCAGUCCUUGUAUCCAGUGUAUUUCUCUGUAGCUUCAGAGACAUAAAGCUGCAGUUAUUUUUUAAAUAUAGCUUUACUGUGAGAUUUUAAAUUAUUUUUCAAUCCUAAGUGUGUGUGGCAGUGGUUGUGUGUGGGUGUGUGUGUGUACAUACAUGAGUGCACGGACCACAGGAAUCAGAUUUCCCUGGAGCUGGAGUUACAGGUAGUUGUGAGCUCCUAAUAUGUGGUGCUGGGAACAUCUCAGUUCUCUCAAGUGCGCUUAAUCUCGGAGCCAUCUUUCCAGCCCCUACUGGGACACCCUUACACGAGGCACAGGCAUUGGAGUCUUGCAGUAUCAACCCAUCACCUUUCAGUAUUCCCCACAAUGACAAUUAACUCUUGAACAACAACAACAAAAUGGAUGUACACAUGGUGAUUCAGGACUAACCCCAGUAGGUGGGAGACCGAAGUAGGGGGAUUAAGGAUUCAAGGUCACCCACUGCUGUAGAGCAACUUCUAAGCCACCUGGGCUACCUGAGACCCUGACUCAAGUAAAAAAUCACCAUUCUCCUGUUUUAGUCUCUUUGGGUCAUGAUGAAAUCUACACUGCUGCCAGACAAAAACCCCAAGGAUCUGGUCUCACUUUGCUGUCCCAGAUUUCUCUUCUUCCACUCACCUCACCCUAUUUUCUGCCACACUAAGUACAUUGUCUCCCUGACACUGCCAGGCUCUUCUGCAGCCUGCCUUUGUUCAACAUUUGUCUAUCCGACCUGACUGCAGGCCUGCUUAGUAAACAGCUAAAUUCCCCAUUAGUAAAACAUGCUCCUAGAACCUCUUAGGGCAGACAUUGUGAGCUCCAGGGUCCUCUCAGGCAGCUUACUGCAUCUGCCUGUUUGCUCCAGGGAGCAGAGGCCCCUCUCCAAAACUGCCACAUUGACCCUACUCAUUCAGGUGUGUGUGAUCAUAAGAACUAUUGGUUCUUCAAGGUAGCCUCAGUAACUUGCCCAUUUCCUAACACAGCAGGAGCACCAAAAUAGGUUUCAAGAAAUUUAUAGCCUAAAGGAAAAGAAGACCUGUAUAUAAGCAGUUAAAUGGAAAACUCAGUGGAGUGGAAGUUAACAGAUUCUAAGUAGCAGAGGCACAGCCAUCUGAAAUGUUGACAUUUUCGGCUUGCAAAUGCUGAUUUCCCUGAGCUCUGCCACUUAGCUAACUGCAGGACAGGCUGAUGCACUGCUUUCAGUUCUUAAGUCUGCAUUAAAAACUCCGUGAAAUUUGCCUUGCAAGUUUACAGCUACGGCCAACAGCUAUGAUUUUACAAGGCAUUAAGUACAGAAAACAUACGUUGGCACUAUAUCCUCCAAGUAGUGUGUGUAUUUGCCAAUGGCCGUAGUGAAAUAACAGCUUCUUUAUUGUCCUGUGAUCUCU